AUGAGUGUUGCCCUGGAUAGCAAACCCGACGAGCCAAGUUGUCGUCUUCAAGCUACACCGACGUUGUCCACUCCUAGAUCUGCGGUAUACCUGACAUAUGACAUCCACAACCCACCCCCGCAUCCGGGAGCGGCCUGGACACGCUUUGUCUGCAUAUCUGACACGCAUUCGAAGAUCUUUCCCGUGCCGCCAGGAGAUGUCCUGCUGCACGCGGGCGACUUGAGUAGUCGGGGGACCUUGCGGCACUUGCGGCACGCUGUAGAGUGGUUGCAGUCACUGCCACAUCCGAUCAAAAUCAUGGUUGCGGGGAAUCAUGAUCUAUGUUUGGAUGAACACUGGGUCGUAGGUGGCAAGCUCUACCAGUGCUCAGGCAACGGUAUCCCAGCUGAGGAUAUUGCGGCUGCCCGUGCUAUGGUUCAUAGCGACACGCUGCGUCAAGCGGGUCUGCACUAUCUUGAACACGAAUCAAUACGGAUCACUGUACCAAACGGUAGAACCUGGGAGAUAUACGGUUCGCCUGCUGCUCGCCGUUAUUCAUUGGGCGCGUUCCAGUACAAGGCCGGUGUAGGCACGGCCAUCUACAGCCGCAUUCCAUCCACUACAGAGAUACUCAUCACGCAUUCCCCUCCGUACGGUGUCUGUGACUUGACGCGUCGUGGACAAAAUGCGGGUUGCCAGGAGCUUGCCGCGCGACUGGAGAGCAGGCACUUGUGCACCUGCCGGCUACAUGUGUUUGGGCAUAUCCAUGAGGCGCACGGGGUCGCGCUUGGGAUGCCUACGGCUCAGAACCCGUGUGGCAGACUGAGUGUCAAUGCGGCGCUGCAUCAUGUUGGACAGGCGGUGAUUGUGGAUUUGCUGAACUGA